CUCCCACUGCUCUCUGCUAUGUUUCCAGUUUCAGAGGGAAAAACACAAGCUUGUAUGUCGAGAGUGAGUCAUAACCUCUCUUCUGCUACUGACUCACUUGGGAGUUUGAGGGUCGCGUGUUAGUUUUGUUGGAGAGGGGUGCAGGCUCUCUGUUAUUCGACGCGAGAGCUGGCAGAUGUCCCAAGUGAGAGAACCUCUUCCUCCGGGGCCUGGAGGGCCAACGCAAGCUCCAACUGAAAACAGCUCUUUGAUCUCUCUCCCUCGAGAAAAAACUGACCAAGAGAAUACUGUGGCAGGAGAUAAAGAUAUAAACCAGCCUUCCAGUAACCAAAGUAUACAAGCAGAGAUACAAGAGCAGUCCAUCUGGGGAAAUCGCACUGAUGGUGACCUCAUCACAACACAACCUCAACGUUUGCCUCAGCCGAAUACUUCAGCACUGGAAAGGGGUGAGGAAGAAAGUGGCAAAAUCCAAAAUGGCCACGUGGGUCUGGGUAAUGGAAGUGGACUUCACAACGGGGUCAAGCACAUACCUGCAGACAACAGAACACUUUCAGCUCCCGUUUCAGAAAAAAUGCACAGAAAAAUUCAGUCCACCUUGUCUGUCAACAGCAACAGCAGCCAAAAGAGUAAAAUAAGUUCUGUGUUUUCUCAAAAGCCAGGUACUUCACCAGAAGAUUGCUGUGUUCACUGUAUCCUGGCUUGCUUGUUCUGUGAAUUUUUCACCCUCUGUAACAUUGUUCUGGGACAAGCAUCCUGUGGCAUCUGCACAUCAGAAGCCUGCUGCUGUUGCUGUGGGGACGAGAUGGGAGAUGACUGUAACUGCCCGUGUGAUAUGGACUGUGGCAUAAUGGACGCAUGUUGUGAAUCUUCAGACUGCUUGGAGAUCUGCAUGGAAUGCUGUGGAAUCUGCUUCCCAUCAUGAAAUAUUUAUCCCUUUUUAUUUUAUUCUCUGUAAAACUGGAGAGCUUUUCUUUAAAAGCAUUUAAAGAAAGACAAGGUAAGAUUUUCACACAACCAACUGGUAUUGCACUGCUAAUUCCCUUUAUAUAAAUGUUUUUUUAAAAAGCAAUCCUCAAAUCUGUAUUCUAACGCAGGUUGUAUAGUUUUGUAUGUGAAACUAAAGCUACAUUCCAGCUUCCUUUUGUCUUUGCAAAUGGAAGACUUUGUUGAAACCAAUUUAUAGGCCUGAUACCACAGGCUGUAUGAAGGCAAAAUUACCAUUUGAAUUGAGUGAUAGGUUUUGGUCAGAGAACAGACUUCAGAGCAAAGCCUUAAGUAUUUGCCUUUACCUACUUUAGUGUUUAAACACUCGAAUGCCUCCAUGCAUAACGUACCUUUACAGACUUUCUGAAAAUCAAAACAUCUUUAUUUCUAUCUCUUUGGGUUGAAAGCAACUUUGCUCUAUUAUUUUAAGCUUAAUUCAAAAGCCAACAUCAGAAAUCUAUUGUUGGUUUUGCUACAAUGGUCAAGUUAGCAAUAUUUCUUUUGUUUUUAAUAUCUCAUUGGUUUGAGAGAGAGAUUCCUGGUAUUUUGCAUUGUCAAUAUUGAUACUAUCAAAAAAACUGUAGUCAAGUGUAAGUUUUGUGAUGGACUAGAAGAGUACCAGGAUUUCUUUGUUAUCAAUCAAGACAGAAUAGAGAACUUAUUUUUUACUUCAGUACUAUUAUUACUUGAAAUGCUUCUUUUUAGAAAGAGACUUUUGAAAUCUGUCUAGACAUGACAUAUAUCUUUAGAGUAACAAACUAAUAGACUAACAAAUCUUCAAAAUUUGGUUGUAAGGGGGAAAUUAUUAGAAGUUAACUCAAGAAUCUCAACCUGUGCAUUAAGUGGCCCAGUCAGUGUUUGUGACCUUAGAGCCAGUGUCACAAAAGUUAGUAUUUAUUUCUUCACUGUGUGAGAAAGAUCCACAGAGGGUAGCAGAAUUUAAACCAAAUAUAAAGACCAAAUUAAAACUCACUUGAGUAAGGAAUUCUGUCAUUGAAUGCAAAAAGCAAGUGAAAAAAUGUUUAUUCUCAAAUACAUUUUAAGUGUUAUUUUAAAAUAACUGUAUAAAAAAGGACAUUUUAAAAAUGUGUGAUAGCCUUUGAAAACAAAAGGACUGGGAUUUAAAAUGUUUGAAAAAUAGUUAGGAUCUGUUGGACAACCUUUUCCCUAUUAUACCAUCAGGGUUUUCCAAGAAAUACCUCUCUUUGUAAUUGUAAUUGUGAAAUGAAUUUUUUUCAGCACAUAAAAAGGUUUAUCACAUUCCCAGAUUUAGGUAAUCAAGACACCCAUUUUCUUUACCACCUGCUAGUUUCUUCCCUCCAUGUCUGUAGCUCGUAAAGUUUUCUGUGUAAACCACCUACACAUCUUGAUCUCACGUACUUAAACUUUCCUAUCCACACUUCAGAAUUCCCAUUUGUAGGUUGCUAGAUCUCAUAAAUUUAGGCCUUGUUACAAGAAUCAUCAAUAGCCAAUAGCAUAUAUGUGUUGAGUGAAUUGACCAUAAAUGUCUCUUUAUUCUAUAGUGAAUUCAGUUUAUGCAAAUGUGACAAGCUAAAGAUCACAGGAGUGUGAAGCUAAAUCAACAAAUUGUCUGAUAUUAACCAAAGCUUCUUCUUGUGAACACUGGCUAGUAGUGCCUACUACUGCAAGUUAUCACUGAAGGUAACAUAACCAAACCCUCAACUAUACUGGGGAGCUGGGAAUUGUUACAUUUUGCCUUAACAUAUGCAAUAUUGUGGUGUAUUCUGAUGCAAUGUGGAUUCACCUGCAGAGGGUGUCCUACUCUGUUUUUUAUGGUUACUACAAGGAUUAUUUCUUAUUAUGGGUUUUUUUCCCAUAUAUUGGGCCAGAUUCUGAUCUGCUUGGCAUCAACUACGCGCAUUUCCAUUCAUGUCAGAAUUUUCCAUUGGUUUAGCUCCAGUUAGAGAGCAAAAAAAUAUUAUGGUAAUAGGCAGGCUAAUAAGGAAUCACAUAGUUAAACUGAUAAAUUCCCAGUGCUCAGAAUCUGACCUAUGGGGCUCAAUUAUUACUCCUAAAAGUCUGAACCACAUUGGGAGGGGGGAAGAGGUGCCUUGGCUGAGUGGCAUUGCCUGGAGCCGUUUUACCUUUGUAAGACAUAAUGCCUCUGGGGAAAUUGGGGGCAUCACAGUAAGCACUGGGACUCAAUGCACCUUGGGAAAAGUCGAGACAGUGCUUUGUCCAUUGUAGGUCUAUAGUUGACACCGUCAUGGUGGGACAUGUUCUCUGGGGCUAACCACCACCAUGAACUGUCUUUCCUCAUGUCCUUCUGGUCACAGAGAGGUGAAUUAUGGCUGUUUCUUGUCUGAAUGUGCCUUUGGGGACAGAGAACUGGUCUUCCAGUCUCUUGUCCUACCCCAAUAUCCAUGCCAGCUGGAGCAGUUCCAGUUUUGUGCUUGGAAAACUGCACAUUUGUAUAUGAUGCUUUAAAAAUACUAAAUCUUACUAAACGUUACUUUUACCACAGGAUGAUAUGGUUUAAAAAAAAAAAAAGAGAGAAAAUACCAAUCUAGGGAGUCCUUUUCCUGUGUAAAAGUUAUCUGUACAGUUUGGCCUGUACAAACCCUUGUUUCUACUUAUAGGAACUCAUAAGGGUUUUUGAUCUGUCGGAAUUAUGAAAACCUGGGAAAUGUAUUUUUUUUUAAGCAUUCACUUCAAUUACUGUUAAAAUACAAAUAAUAAUUACAAAAACUUGGUUCGUGCAUAAAUGCAUAUGUGUUCAUACUCUGUCACUCGCAUGGAUGCACAUAUGCAGACAUGUCUUUUCCCACUUCAUUUGUGAAAUACUAGGAAGUGAAAAUAGUGUUAUUAAACCUCAUAGUGAUUAGAAGUAUCAAAGUAUUACAGACAGUUGAAAAAAAUAAAAAAUUGUGUGUUUUGUUUGACAUUUAAAUGCAAUCUGCUACUGUUUGUCAUAGAGAUAUUAGCACUUUUGGAAAAUGUAUCUUUGUAGCAGAGAAUAUUAGCAUGUAGUUUAAGGAAUUCCUUUCUAUAUUUAUAUUCUUAAAUUCUGUUUUGUAGUUUUCACUCUAUAAACAAUCUUGUAAGCACCUUGUGUAAUUAAAACAAGCAGAAUUAGGAGUCAAAUGUGAAAAUAGAGUUUAAAUAAAAUUAAAAUAUCAGAACUUAAUUGUCUAUUUUAUAAUAGUUUUUGUAACUUGUACAGUGUUUCAGUAUAUAGUUCUGCAAACUGGCCCAUUUGAAAAACUUGCUGUUUGUAUUUUAUAUCAACUGGAUGUGCUACUUACAAACACUAUUUUGAAAUAAAGAUCUUUAUUU